CCGGACGCACGGGAGGAGCCCCCUCGGCCUGCGCGCGCCAAGAGGACAGGGGUUAAAAUGAACGGAGACCCGAAGGUCAAUUUCAGCGGCUUGCUUCGGGAUUACUUAGAUGACGAUGCUGCUACCGAGAACGUUUCAGCUGCUGUCUCCUCCCAGGUUCCUGUUGUAGAGCCAGAGCUUGUUGUCAACCCCUGGGACAUUGUCUUGUGUACCUCAGGAACUCUCAUCUCCUGUGAAAAUGCCAUCGUGGUCCUUAUCAUCUUCCAUAACCCCAGCCUGCGAGCCCCCAUGUUCCUGCUGAUUGGCAGCCUGGCUCUUGCAGACCUGCUGGCCGGCAUUGGACUCAUCAUCAAUUUUGUUUUUGCCUACCUGCUUCAGUCAGAAGCCACCAAGCUGGUCACCAUUGGACUCAUCGUCGCCUCUUUCUCUGCCUCUGUCUGCAGCUUACUGGCCAUCACUGUUGACCGCUAUCUCUCCCUGUAUUAUGCUCUGACAUACCAUUCGGAGAGGACAGUCACGUUUACCUAUGUCAUGCUGAUCAUGCUCUGGGGGACCUCCAUCUGCCUGGGUCUGCUGCCCGUCCUGGGCUGGAACUGCCUCCGAGAUGAGUCCACCUGCAGCGUGGUCAGACCCCUCACCAAGAACAACACGGCCAUCCUUUCUGUCUCCUUCCUCUUCACGUUUGCGCUCAUGCUUCAGCUCUACAUCCAGAUCUGCAAGAUCGUCAUGAGGCACGCCCACCAGAUAGCCCUGCAGCACCACUUCCUGGCCACCUCGCACUACGUGACCACCCGGAAAGGGGUCUCCACCCUGGCCAUCAUCCUGGGGACCUUUGCUGCUUGCUGGAUGCCUUUCACCCUCUAUUCCUUGAUAGCUGAUUACACCUAUCCCUCCAUCUACACCUACGCCACCCUCCUGCCCGCCACCUACAAUUCCAUCAUCAACCCUGUCAUAUACGCUUUCAGAAACCAAGAGAUCCAGAAAGCCCUCUGCCUCAUUUGCUGCGGCUGCAUCCCGUCCAGCCUCUCCCAGAGAGCGCGGUCACCCAGCGAUGUGUAG